AUGUUUACAAACCGCCAGAGGCUGCCCCCGCAGCUGUUGUUGGUAAUGAUGAAACUGUGUAACAAUGACACCAGGUUUCAAACUGUGCAGGGAGUCAUAACAAGGUUCUGUCAUGAUUAUGGCUUGAUUGAUGAAAUGAUAAUCAGCAGUGAUGUUGUAACUGGCAAAGUGCCUCUUAAAUUUGGACAAAAAGUUACUGCAGUUGUGGCAGAAGAUAAAACAUCCCAUGGAUUGAAAGCAGUCAAAGUGAAUGCUUUCUAUGAUAAUUGUCAUGGUGAUGGACCAUCAGACUCCUAUACUAGAGUUUCAUUUGGCUGUAUUAACUCUGUGAUGGAUGGUGCUGACUACAUUAACCACAUAACUUACUUCUCACUAGAUGUUGUUUGUAAAGUUAUUCCAACUCGAUUUCUCUCUAUGGCAAUUUUAGGGUUUCAGCCUUAUCGUGGUGACCUGGUAGAAAUUGAGUUUUCUGUCCAGCCAGACACUUGGAACAGAAAAGCACUCUCAGUGAAGCCUCUGAGACAUAAGGAUGUGCACGAGGUCUGCAUUACUAGCCUACAUGGAAGAAAUGGGGUGAUAGAUGACACUAUCUUUUUCACCUUGAAUUCUCUGGCACUUCCUGAUGGAAACGUGCCUCUAAGAUAUGAUGUCGUCAAUGCAGUCGUGGUGGAGAGCAUUCAGAUGGUCUACAGAAGGAGAGCAGUUUCUAUGGCCCCAGUGCAAAGGUCAUAA